AUGGCCAGAAAGACCAUAGCGGUCGCUGCAGCACUGUUCCUGACAGUGUCAAGCGGAACCCAUGCACUGUCUAAUAACGAUCAAAUUCGCAUUCUUGGACCACAAGGCGUCAAUCUGUGGAAGUUGGACAAACACGCUCAGAAGGUUUCCAACCAGAAAUUGGAUACUGCGGGCGUCCGUCAAGAAUCGGACACUGCGCAGAAAGCAUUCAGUGAUUCAAAAGAUAGCUCCCUACCACAGAAGUUUCCAGCCCAAUGGUUCCGACAACCUCUGGACCACUUUGACAGCAAAUCAAGGGCAUUCUUUCACCAACGCUAUUGGGUCAGUACGCGUCAUUACAAACCGCGAAAAGGCGCACCUGUGAUUGUCCUGGAUGGCGGAGAAACAAGUGGAGAGAAUCGUCUGCCUUUCCUCGAUACGGGCAUUGUCGAAAUCCUGACGCGCGCGACUGGAGGUGUAGGAGUGAUACUAGAGCAUCGCUACUAUGGCGAAUCCGUUCCAGUCACUAACUUCUCCACGGACGCCCUCCGCUUCCUCAACAAUGAACAAUCAGCUGCGGAUAGUGCCAAUUUUAUGAAGAACAUUGAAUUCAAUGGUAUCGAUGAAGACCUGACUGCUCCCAAUACACCUUGGAUUUACUACGGGGGAUCCUACGCAGGCGCUCGGGCAGCUCAUAUGAAAAUCUUGUAUCCAGAUAUUGUAUGGGGAGCUAUUGCGUCGAGUGGCGUAACCCAUGCCUCUCUCGAAAAUUGGCAAUACAUGGACCUCAUUCGUGAAGCUGCUGAUCCUAAAUGUUCUGCCCAUCUCGUGAAUUCGAUUAAUACCAUCGACUCUAUUCUGGCUGGUCCCGCGAUACUCAAGCGUCAACUCAAAAACCUUUUCGGCCUGGGCGAACUUGAACAUGACGAUGACUUCGCAUCUGUUCUAGAGACCCCCCUUGGAUCAUGGCAAGCGAAAUGCUGGGACCCUGCAGUUGGGAGCACCAGGUUCGACGAAUUCUGCGAAGCGUUGGAUGCAGGGGUUUUGUCGUCUACUCCUGGGUUGUCUGAGCUACCUUUUGGACAUCCUGAUAGGAUAGUACAACUCGAGGAUGGCCUGGCGGUCGAUUUAUCUGUGAUCAACUACGGAAAAUGGAUCAAGAAACACAUCGUCUCUCGAUGCCCUGAAGGUUUCAGCGUGGAAGAGUGUUUUGGCACCUAUGACGACGACAAAUACAAAGAAGAUGAUAUCGACCAGGAAUGGCGCCUCUGGCUUUUCCAAGUUUGCACUCAGUGGGGUUAUUUCACUACUGCUCCCGCUGACCAGAAUACUCCUCGAAUUGUCUCAAAGCUACUGACUCUUGGAUACGAAUCUAAAAUUUGCAAGCAGGCAUUCCCUCCAGGCAAACACUUCUCAGUGCCAUCAAUGCCAAAUAUUACUGCUGUGAACGCCUUGGGCGACUUUUGGAUUGAAGCCGAUAGGCUGGCUAUUAUUGAUGGCGAAGUCGACCCAUGGAGGCCAGUUACCCCUCACAGUGAUGAUGCGCCCAAACGCAAUGAUACCAUUCUAAGACCCUUCAAACUUAUUCCCAACGCUGUGCACCAUUACGAUGAAUACGGGCUGGCUAACAUUUUCCAGGAGCCACCUGAGAUUCGCAAGAUCCACGCGGAGAUGAUAUCGUUUGUAACUUCUUGGCUAAAGGAUUGGAACAAGGAACAUGGAGUUCAAGACGAUUGA